AUGGCUUCCAAUCACCCAUUACCCAUCUCUGGGACAUGGGAAACCCCCAACGACUAUGUCGAGGCUCUCCUCUCUUUCUCCACCACGUCGGUGCUCUUCAUGAAUUUGUGCGGUGGCGUGCACAUGGUCGACUUUUUGACCCGUGAGCCCGAUCUCUAUACAACAAUCCUGCCGGAAGAUUGGAGAUCCUUCUUUGAACAGCAUGAUUCUCAAGAAAUUAUUCGUCUACUUCUUAGGGAAGACAUUGAGAACUUACGAGGCGCCGACGAGCCGUCCGUAGAUCAAAGCAGCCGUACUUGGAAUGGAGGGGCAUUCCCUCCCCAGAGCCUCCUAGACUACAUUUUCAAUAUUCGCCAACUGGCACUCCAACGAGAAAUGGGCUCCUCCUCCACAGAGAGGAUUGAUUUACCAAAGCAAGUCGCUAUGCGUAUGAAUCGGAAAAAAGUGCACGAGGUCGAAUGCUUUUCUCAAUACGUCGCAUCUCUAUCAGAUACUGUUGAUAACCGCCGAGCCGAACCAGUCUCUCAUAUCGUGGAUUUUGGUUCUGGGCAGAAUUAUCUCGGAAGAACGCUGGCCAGCUCGCCUUACCACAAGCAUAUCAUCGCGAUUGAGCGCAAGCAUCAGUACAUCAGCGGUGCCAAGACCAUGGAUGUCCGAGCCAAGUUGGCAAAAGAUCCAAAAGCUCGGGAUCCCAAGGACAAAUCAUCAUGCGACGAAUGCAAUAUAAAUACAGAAGCAAGUGUUUCUGGAACAAAUGAGACUCCCCAACCACUGAAGAUACAGGAAUACCUGGUCUCAGAAGAGGUCCCUUUUGUCGAGAUGCUAGGCGACAUUCGGCUUGAGCCCGACGAGCAACUCGGAUCUCCCGCACAGAUAACACAGAACGAAAAAUUGCCGAAACCCGAGGCGCAUAAUCGUGGUACUCUAAGUUAUAUCGAACAUGAAAUUCAAGAUGGCUACUUAGAACCCAUUAUCGAUCACGUCAUUCAUCCAUCUCCCGACGGGGUUUCUGAUCAGACAUCGAAAAAAGAGAGCGAUGCUAGAUUGAUGGUCGUCUCUAUCCACUCAUGUGGAAACCUCGUUCACCAUGGGUUGAGAUCCUUAGUUUUGAACCCUUCGAUUGUGGCUGUCGCGAUGAUCGGUUGUUGCUACAACCUGUUGACUGAACGUCUCGGCCCAGCCAAAUGCGACCUCCCUAUUCUUCCAUCUCUUCACCCUCGACUUGAAGAGACCGGCACAACAUACGACCCGCAUGGAUUCCCUAUGUCCAAGUACUACGAGGAUUACCGAAGUCCCGGAGCAACGACCGGCAUGAAACUUAACAUCACGGCCCGCGCAUUGGCCAUGCAAGCCCCAUACAAUUGGGGCCAUGAUGACAGCGAAGUCUCCUUCACUCGUCAUUUCUUCCGUGCUCUUCUUCAGCGUAUUCUCGUUGAUCGCAGUAUUGUCCCUAAACCGGAAGAUACCACUGAAGAUAAAACCGAUUCUAUCAUCAUCGGAAAGCUGCCCAAGGCUGCUUUCAAGUCAUUUACUGCAUACAUUCGCGCGGCGACCAUCAAGAUGAGUCGAGACCUGACAUAUGGCUCUCAGGUCCAGGAGCGUAUUGCCACCAUGACUGACGAAUAUAUUCACCACUACGAGAGCCAGUAUCUCCACGCGAGAAAACAUAUGAGUAUUGUGUGGAGCUUAAUGGCGUUCAGCUCUCAGCUGGUUGAGUCUAUCAUUGUCGUGGAUCGGUGGCAAUUCCUUCGGGAACAGGAGUCUGUUAAAGAUUGCUGGGUUCAGCCAGUGUUUGACUACGGUCUAAGUCCGCGAAAUUUGGCCGUCAUUGGACUGAAAGAAUAA